CGCACUGGGAUCCGUCUUCUCCAUCCUCAAUAUCUAACUCAUCGAACAUCAAGUCCCUUCCAUUCGGUUCCGUAGAAUGUGGACGCCAGACUGACAUGGAGUCACUAUAGGUAAGCUUCGCCCCCACAAGGGUUUUAUUAUUUCUUUUUUCGUCCUCAUGUGUUGGCGUCGUUCGGUUUAAAUCUAGGAUCACCGAUCCUUGGCCAGAGAAGCCAACAUAAUGAAUCAGCUUUUGCUUUUUGCUCUGCUGGAUUGUGGAUGAGUUCGGCGAAGAGUCUGGUGGGUCCUUGAUCCGAUGUGUACGAAGGUUAGCACGAUCGUCAGUGGUAGCCAUGGAGAGCUACCGAGAAAAGCAUCAGAGAUUUUUCUUCAGAUUUAUGCUUCCUGUAUGUUUUUAAUUUAAAAACACUAAUUUCUUUAGUGUAACAAGUUAUAUUUCUUGUCUUUUUUCAAAGAGACCUGAUAUUCGGCUUUAACAUAUUGAAUUCUUGGACUUUAUGUGAUUAUCCAUGAUAUGUUUAAGCCGAUUGGUGUUAUUUUAGGGCUCACUAACCCGGAAAUGGUUGAAAAACCAUUACUGCCUAGUGCCAUGAGUUUGAUAUGAUACAGGUGGAGAAAACACGAAAAAGGAGCGAGUGCACAAGCAAUAAAUCGGACUCGAAUUACUGGUGGACUACUCGCUUGGGCUCAAGACCCAGAGGAAUUGGCCGAGGGAGCAGAGGAGUUUUUUGGACGGAAUUCCAAUUAGUUGGAUCAUCUUUGGAGGGUGAAUUGGGCCGAUACUUGGAAAAGAAAGAAAAGGCAGCAAGACAAAAGGGGUCGUUUUUGGUUGUUGAAAACGAAAUUCCUUGGGCCAAAGAAUUGGACACGGACGGAAUUUGAUUGGCGGCGGGUGUCUUGUCUUGGAACGCAGGGAAAAGAAGUAAUUAUUUGGGACGGAAAGGAAGAGAAGUCUGGGGGGGAACUCUCGGAAUUAAAAAAAAAAAAAAAAAUAGAAAAGCAGGAAACCAAUUUCUCGGGGGGGGAAAAGAGAAUUCUUGGUGAGAAAAAAAAGAAAGGGACGAAAGCAAAAGCGGAGCAGCAGCAGGAGCAGUGCGAUUGAGAUUGGCGAUCGAGCAAGGCCUGAGCUGAGUUCAACGAGAGCGAUUAGUUGGUUGGAUUUUCUAAACCUAAUUAGUUGUUUCUUGUUGAUUUAGAACAUGAUGAACAAAACCCUAUCGAUUUAUCUUAAUUUCGUCAUGAACUAAACCCCAAUUUCUGGGGGAAACACCAUAGGAUGUAGCUAUUUCUUGAUUUGAUGGAUUGAUUUAUGAUUCUUUUCUUCCAAUCUCUAUUGCAUGAAAUUGCUUAAUGCCUUGUGUUGACUGGCCACCAAUACAUCGAUUUGUAGUUAAUUAGGUUAUUAGCGACAGUGAAACCCUAAUAACUGAACCUAUUUCAUGUGACAUAGUAACUUAUCGAAGCGACAGUGGAUUAAAUAAGGUGCUAUGCGGUCUUAAAUAGGAUAUCGAUCUUCAGGCUAAAUAAUUAGGUCAUUGAGCUACGACAGUAGGAUUUGAUUUAAUUGUUUAGUACGUAGUAAUUCCCGACAGGGAUAGCUAGCACAGUAGUGAUAUCCUGGCUGUAGAGGUAUGGAUUAAAUUGAUUGGAAUAUGUGAAUUAAUCUGGAUAGGAUAGGUAGUGAAUCCCGGUGUUUCUCCCAGAGCUUUCUCCCAUUGAAUUUUCCUCGACAAGUUUACUUUGCUUAAUUAGUUUAGUUAAUUUUGCUUUUAGUUAAUAAUUUCAUCUCUUAAACAUUUUCACAUAUAGUUUGCUCGAAAGAAUUGAUAAAUCAUAAGGUUGUACCAGUCCCUGAGAGACGAUACCCGGAUUUCCGGUUUUACUACAAGAUAGGAUUAAGGCAUAUACGCUUUUGACUUAUCAAGUUUUUGGCGCCGUUGCCGGGGACUGCCAUACCUUAUUUUUGUUGAUUUUUGUGAGUGAACUGUUUUGAUCUGGGUGUUAGUGUGCAGGUGAAUUUUUCAGGUUAAUCCUCCUCGUGCAUGCCAAGGAGGACGACUGGCAAUUUACUGCCACUAGAUCCCGAGAUCGAGAGGACCUGCCGACAGAACAGGAAGCAGGUCAAGUUAGGGAAGCAGCCUACCACAUCCACAACUCCUAGGCCUUCCCUAACUCAGAACCGUCAACCGAGAAGGCAGGUGACACCACCUGUCAUCCCUACACCACCUACACCACCGCCGCGCAUCAUCGAGCCUGUCAUCAUGGCUGAACAGGAUCGUUCGAUCAGGGCUCGCUUGAAUCGAAGGACUGGAGCCCGAGCUUCAUGUGUUGUCAUUCCGGCUGGGGAUGCAAACAUGGAGAUUACCCCAGCCUUCAUCAAUAUGAUCACUAAUGGGUAUACUUUCUCCGGGGCUAGCAGUGAGGAUCCUCAUGAGCAUCUUCGCCGGUUCGCAAACAUUUGUGACACGAUGAAGAGCCCGGCUGUGUCUGAUGAUGCCAUCCGUCUUCGGAUGUUCUCAUUUUCUCUGCUAGGGAAUGCAUCACACUGGUUCCAGAACUUGACACCCCGUUCCAUCACAACAUGGGGUCAGCUUGAGAAGACCUUUUUGGAUAAGUACUUUCCUCCUGCCAAGGCAAUGAAGAGGCAAGAGGAAAUUGUCACUUUUAAACAAGCUGAGGAUGAAAGUCUGACCGAGGCAUGGGAGCGCUAUAAGGAGCUUCUAAUGAGAUGCCCGAGCCACGGUCUUGAAGAUUGGAAUGUGAUCUCCAUCUUCUUCAACGGAAUCAGAAGACAAUUUCGAGAUGCUCUGAAUAAUGCUUCCCGAAAUGGUUUCACAAGAAUGGAAGCACCAGAAGCAUAUGAACUGGUGGAGAAGAUAUGCUCUGAAGAUACUGAAUGGGGGAUUGAGACCGGCAUUCGAAGGAGAGGAGACUUGCAUGAGAUAGACAGAGUUGCAAGCUUAGAAGCAAAGAUUGAUGCUAAGUUGGAUUCCAAGUUCGAUGCACUCGAACGAAGGCUGGCUAAGUUGGCUCUUGGUAGACAAGAGGAGGUUGCUUAUUGUGAAUUAUGUGAAGGUUCUCAUCAUAGGGAUCUAUGUCCACUGGUGUCUGAUCAGUUGGAAAAUGUGCACUAUAUCAACAAUCAACAAAAUCAAGGCCAGGGUGGUAUGUAUUCAAAUACCUACAACCCGCAAUGGAGGAAGCAUCCUAACUUUUCCUGGGCAAACAACAACCCAACUGGUGUUCGAAACAUCCCACCUCCUGGUUUUCAACAGCAGCAGCCUCAACCAGAGAAGAAGCCUCAGCUGGAGGAGUUGAUUUUGGCUCAUAUGCAGAAAACAGACAAUAAUUUCAAGGGCCUGGAUCAAUUUGUCACUCAACAGCUAGCCAUCAACAAUAAUUUACAAUCGUCUAUGCUAGCUAUGGAGAGGCAGAUGGGACAGAUGGCUCAAACUUUUGCAGAUAUGCAAGGCAGGAUUCCUGGGACAUUACCAGCAAAUACUGAGAGGAAUCCGAAGGAUGCCAUGGUUGUAGCAGUGACAUUGAGGAGUGGAAAGGCCUUGGAAGACCCUAGCAGCUCGAAAAAGGUACCAGAGGCAGAAGAGGAAGCACCGGGAGAAAGAUCUUGUGCAGAAAAUGAAGAAUCAGCCUUGCACAGGCAAAAUGAAAGCGGUUUGCCUGUGCAAAAGCAUGCUGCCCGUGUACCUCAAAAAGUGGAAAAAUUGAAGAAUGAAGAGGUAAAACCUUAUGAACCUCCCGCACCAUUCCCUCAAAGGUUAAUGAAGCCCAUGGAAGACCCAAACUUCAAGAAAUUUGUGAAUAUCUUCAAGCAACUUCAGAUUAACAUACCCUUGGCGGAGGCACUUGAACAGAUGCCUACAUAUGCUAAAUUUUUAAAGGAGUUGCUGACUAAGAAGCGCAAAUGGGCUGAUCUGGAGAAGGUAACCCUUACUUCUGAAUGUAGUGCUGUGAUUCAGAAUAAAUUACCAAAGAAGAGGGAUGAUCCGGGCAGUUUCACCAUUCCAUGUGUUAUUGGAGGUAGAGAGUUCGAUAAAUCAAUUUGUGAUCUUGGAGCAGGAAUUAAUUUGAUGCCAUACUCAGUCUACAAGAAAUUGGGAUUGGGAGAUGUUCUUAAGCCUACUCGGAUCACUCUCCAAUUGGCUGAUCGAUCAGUAAAAAUCCCAAAGGGAGUGGUGGAGAAUGUAUUGGUGAAGGUGGGGAAGUUUAUUCUCCCUACAGAUUUUGUGAUUCUGGAGAUGGAAGAAGAUCAGGGAGUGCCUCUAAUCCUCGGCAGACCUUUUCUAGCAACCGGUGAUGCACUCAUCGAUGUUGGGAGAGGCAAGUUGACAUUCCGAGUAGGUAAGGAGGAGAAAAUUUUUAAUGUCUUUCAAGUUGACCAUAAUCAUGAUGAAUUUGAAAGUGAAGCUCGAGAAAGGAAAAAUCCCUCUUCCUGUGAUAGUGGACCAUCCGAAGAACUAUCACCUAUCCUAUCUGCUCAGAUUCUGAAGUCAAAGCAAGGGCAGAAAUCCUUGCCAGGUCACCUCAAGUAUAGAUAUUUGGGUAAGGAUUUCAAUCUUCCUGUUAUUAUUCCUUCUUCACUGACAUUGAAACAGGAAGAGUACCUGCUUGAGGCGCUGCAGUACCACCUACGCCUCACUAGAGGGUCUAACAUGCCAGCUAAGAAGGUCAUACCAAAUUUUCGUACACCUGGCCCUGCAGAGGUAACUCAUAUGCUGGAUGGAGGUUAUGCAUUCUACCAUUGCUCGGGAGGGUAUGCUGGAUACCUUUCCAUACCCAUUGGUUGAAAGCUCCAUAAACGUCAGGCUGAGGA